AAACUGCGAGCCGUAAAAUGUCCCUCCUGAGACACCGUGGGUCCUAACAGCGCAUAUGCUGGAGUUUCAAAUUAUUCGCGUGUAAUUGGUCAAAUCGCAUAUUUAUUCACUCUUAAAAAGCGACGAAACUGUCACAAUGUCUGUUCAAUCAACAAAUCCCAACAACCCGAUUGUUUUCUUCGACAUAACCAUCGGAGGGCAGGAUGUCGGACGGAUGAAGAUAGAGCUGUUUGCUGAUGUGGUUCCAAAGACAGCGGAGAACUUCCGGCAGUUCUGCACUGGAGAGUUCAGGAAGGAUGGAGUCCCGAUUGGUUACAAAGGUUGCACAUUCCACAGGGUGAUCAAAGACUUCAUGAUACAAGGGGGGGACUUUGUAAAUGGUGAUGGAACUGGUAUCUGCAGCAUCUACAGAGGUCCGUUUGCAGAUGAAAACUUCAGAAUGAAGCAUUCGGCUCCUGGUCUUCUGUCCAUGGCAAACAGUGGUCCAGGGACAAAUGGUUGUCAGUUUUUCAUUACCUGCACUAAAUGUGACUGGUUAGAUGGGAAGCAUGUUGUUUUUGGAAAAGUGGUCGAUGGUUUGCUGAUCAUGAGAAAAAUUGAGAAUGUUCCUACGGGACCCAACAACAAGCCCAAGCUCCCCAUCGUCAUUGCACAGUGUGGAGAGAUGUGAUCCAGCUUGCUCACAACACCAUGCGAGAACUACACAACCUCUGUACACAUGAAGUAGUGUCUCAUAGUUAUUUGAAUACUCAUCAGCAAACAGCAACCCACAUAUUUUUUCCCAUCUGGAUGCCUUCUCCCAUAAUGCACAUUGAAGGACUUCAGCAGUACAUCAUUUUGGCCAUUUUCUUAGUUUGGUAUACCUGAUUCCAGAUUAACUGCUUCAUCCAAACCCAAAUAAGAUUAUUCACUUUUGAGGUGGGUUUUAAAAUUAAAAUGAAUUUUGUGAAACUUGACGUUCAACGCUGUUGCUGAUGUUUUUCCAAGUUCAAACGGAGACAAUUUGUGUAUCCUGUCAUUAAAAGACAAAUAAGAAAAUUUGACUUUUUUAAGCCUAAAGAAAAAAUUGGUUGGCAUGUGAAACAUUCUCAUUCCUAAUUCAGCCACACUGUGUAUCAUUUAUUAUCAAUAAAUUGUUUUACAUUUUUAUAAAAA